AUGGUGAAAAAGCGUGCUGAUAAAUGUAAGACUACGGGCAAGGAAAGAGACGAUCAUGGCGUAUUAACCAAGACCAGAUUCGGUCCUCUGAGUAUUGAGAUUAAAGAUCCAAGAUCGGCGAUUCUUUUAUUAAAAAGUGGAGAAGAUCAAGCUGUAAUCGCUGCGAUAGUAGCACUAUCAAAAUUCGGAUCAAAAGGAAUUGAAAAUCUUGGAAUCCUCCAUGAUCUCAACGUCGUAUCGCUUGUCAUCCCCUUGAUAAUACAUGAAGAGAUAUUCAUUCGGAGAUUUGCUACAAAGUUAUUGGCAGAAAUGGCCGUACUGAACGAUGUUCGUAACUUUCUGCUGGGCUCACAAUGUUACGUUUCACAUUUCAAAAAUGUCCUAGUAAAUGAUACGGAUAUUUUUAUCCACGAGUUCGUUAGUUUGAUAUUGGCAGAGUUGUCAAAAGAUAUGUUUGGGGUUGCUCAGUUAUUAGAGAAUUGUGGCAAUAAUUUCGAUUUCUUAUUUGAACGAAUUAAAUCCGCUGAUCCUGAUGUUAAAAAGAAUUCGAUUGAAAUCAUACAUAACUUAUUGAGAGACCCGAUAGCGGCACAACGGAUAAUCAAAACAGAGAAUUUCGAUUUUUCAUCAAUACAAGAACUGCUGAAACAACCAUAUCCAGUCAUUCAAUUACUAACACUGGAGGUAAUUAACUUCCUAGUUGCAAGGUGUAAGGAUGAGAACAUCCAAAAAUUAUUCCGUUUAUCCCGAGGUCCUGAAGCAUUGCUAAAUAUCCUAGAUAAUGUCGAAUUCGAAGAUCUGCAUCAAAAAGUAUUAGAAAUUCUCUCAUUGGCAUGCGAUAAUCAAAAGACAGUAGAUUCGCUCUGUAGCACAGACGGGAUUCACAAGCUUCUGAAUUAUAUGGAGAGUUGUGAUAAAAAACUGGCAUUAGAUAUCCUCAAUGUUAUCGUUCAACUAGCAAACUCGAUACAUGGCAGAAAAGAGUUGCACAAACGAGGCAUAAUUCCCCAAUUGUUCAAUUUAAUGUGCGAACCUCUGAAUCUCGAAGUUGCUCGUUCAAGUUAUUAUGGUAUUGCCAAGAUGGUGCAAUAUGGUCCCGCAGCUGAAGAAAUAACUUCAUCAAAUCCUAUCCCAAGCAUAAUUGGUAAGCAAUAA